UUUUACAUUUCUGUUAUAACUCACAUUUUAGCUGAAUACUGUUUUACCUUUAAUUUUAAAGUUUGUUAAUAUGAGCAUAUCCAUUUUAAUUAAAUUUUUCAAUUUACUAUCAUUUUCUUUGGCAUUGUCACAUUUAGAGCUGCAUUGUAAUUUUUCCAAUUACAUGUUAAAUUUUUUCAAACAUAAUGAGAAAUAUUUGAUUAAACUCGAAAAACAAAACAAAAUUUUUCCAGUUACCUUAAAUGAACUAAAAACUUAUGGUGAAGCUUUACAAACACAUGGAAAUAUUGUUAUGGCUAUGUUGGACGCACUACAUUUAAUGGAUCUAAAAUCUAUUCCAAAUGAUUUGAUGACAAUCAAUUUAUACUUUAACAAUGUUUCAGGAUCUUUAAUGUUUGUCGCUAGAAAUAAUGUAGGUAACUACGAUAUGAAUCAUACAAAUAUAAUUAAAGGGUAUAAAAUGCUUCACCAAGUAAUGGUUGAACGUCUGGAAAACUUCAUUAAUAAUCAUUGUUUAGAAGUCACUGUCGAAGAAGAAUUUAUCAAAUGUCCGGACUAUAACACACCUGGUAAUUAUAAUAUAAAAUUUCUACGUUCCAUAGCCGGAAAUCUCAAAAACAGAAUAACAAAUUCAAAUCAAAACCUAAAUGACUAUAAUGAACAUGACGUAAAACUUAAAGAAAGUGAGGUAUUGAGUGUACUAAUAUCAUCACUUAAAUCAAAUAGCUACAGGAACUUCGACCCAAAAAAUUUAUUUUUCUAUGAUUUAUUUUCUCGUCAAGAUAAUAAACAAUUUCAUAUGAUAGAUAUUAAUAAUUUAGUACAUUGCAUUAUGGAAAAUGGAGACGUUAUAGAUCUAUUGAGAUAUACAACAUAUAAAGAGAAAUGCUCAGAUUCUGUUUUUUCAACUGUAUUCUGUGUAUUCCGUUAUAUUUUAUAUAGUUUUGACAGUACAUACGUAUUAAAAUUUCAGGAAUUAAUGUUAACAGCUUCAUUUCAACCUUUGGGUGUUCUUAUCCGAUCAUAUUGUUUAUUCGUGAAGAAUUAUAUAACAUCAGUUAAAUUACAAGCUAUAAAACUAAAUAAAUUAAAUAAAAAGCAACUAAUAACUAUUGGUGAAAGUAUUGUGAACAAUUUAAAUUGUUUCCUUGAAUUAGAUUUGUAUAGAGGUUUUUCACUAAAUAUCAUUACAAAAACAUAUAAUAGUUUGAAUAAAUUAAUCAACUAUUAUGAACAAACGAAUGUUCACUAUGAUCAGACACUAGAUAGGAUUCCUGCAUCAAUACGACAUUUUUUAAUGAUUAAUAAAUUGUGUCAUAGUAAUAGUUUUUUUAAAGCGAGAACAGUUGGAGAUGGAAAUGUUUACAGCAUAUACUCAAAGAUAGAAAAAUAUUCACUUAAAGUUUCGGAAUAUAUAACACGAUUAAAAAAUUUUAAAAAUAUGUUUGACACUAUUAAUAACACUUAUUAUUUUGAAUAUCUAUACAUCAGAAAGUACAAGGACUUUAUUAAUGAUUACAAUCGAAAAUAUAUUUGCAACAUUGACAAAUAUACUGAUUUUUAUAAGAAACAGAAGGAUGAAGUUAAAACUACAGUCGAUCAAGUUGUAAAUGAUGAAUUUGAGUUUGAUGUUGACGAUCUAAUAAAUGAUUUCUAUUUUGAUUUCGAUGUCAGUCAGGAAAUUCAAAAUCAUCAGUUUAAACAAACUACAAAUGAAACUUCUAAAAGAGAGCCUGUAUUCUCACCGAAGUACAUGACUGACUACAUACCUUAUAACUUAUUAUAAAAAAAAAAUUAGGAUACUUUUCUCAAAAUUUAAUCUAAAAUCUUUAUAAAUUUAUCAAUUUAAAAUACAUAAAUAGUUUUGUUUCAUUUUUAGUUUAGAAUAACUGUAAAGUAAUAAAUUAAAUUUCAAGAUGUAA